AUGACCAUGCAGCCUGCAAUUCAGGUGUGGUUUGGGGAGGACCUACCUCUAAGUCCCAGGUGUCCCCUGACCCCCAGACACGGACCAGGACUGGCUGACGUCUGUCAGUAUGACGAGUGGAUAUCCGUGAGACACGAAGCCACUCUACUGCCCAUGCAAGAAGACCUCUCGAUUUGGUUAUCUGGCUUACUGGGUAUUGACAUUAAGGCAGAAAGAUUGUUGGAAGAACUUGAUAAUGGAGUGCUGUUGUGCCAAUUAAUCAACGUUCUUCAGAAUAUGGUAAAAGGAUGCCACUCCGAAGAACCAGGGAAUUUUCCAAUGAGAAAAGUGCCUUGUAAGAAAGAUGCUGCGUCAGGUUCAUUCUUUGCCAGAGACAACACGGCAAACUUCCUUCACUGGUGUCGGCAUAUCGGGGUUGAUGAAACCUAUCUCUUUGAAUCUGAAGGUUUGGUUUUACAUAAAGACCCCAGACAGGUGUACCUUUGUCUUCUUGAGAUCGGCCGGAUUGUGUCAAGAUAUGGAGUUGAGCCACCAGUAUUAGUGAAACUCGAGAAAGAAAUUGAGUUAGAAGAGACGCUGCUUAAUACCUCGGGGCCUGAAGAGUCCAUCAACAUCCCCAAAUCUUGCUGUCAGCAUGAAGAACUACACGAGGCUGUUAGACACAUUGCUGAGGACCCUCCUUGUAGCUGUUCACAUCGAUUUUCUAUUGAAUAUUUAUCUGAAGGACGGUACCGGCUUGGGGAGAAAAUACUCUUCAUAAGGAUGCUUCAUGGAAAACAUGUCAUGGUCCGUGUUGGCGGAGGCUGGGACACUCUGCAAGGAUUUUUGCUGAAGUAUGACCCUUGUCGAAUACUGCAGUUUGCUACACUAGAACAAAAAAUUUUAGCUUUUCAAAAAGGAGUUUCUAAUGAAAGUGUGCCGGAUGCACCUGCCAGAACGCCCAAGCCCCCAGAAAUGAACCCUUUGUCAGCGGUUAACAUGUUUCAGAAACAAAAUUUAAAACCUAGCACACCAGCAAGUGUUCCAAAGAGCAAGGAAAAACAGGUACGUCCCCCGGGAGUGUUGCCUCCAGCAUCAUCAGUGAAGGGUAGUCCGGCUUCCCUGUCCACCCGUUCGAAACUUCCUGAUUCUCCAGCAUCAUUAUCCCACGCCAAGGUCGCAUCCUCAAGGGGCAGAGCACAAAAGCCGCAUGCUCCUCCCAACACUGCGUCAUCUUCCCUGACUUCUUUAAAUCCAGUGGGUAACAGCACCACACCAGCUUUGUCAGGCACUACACAGUGUGCGUCGGAGUCAGCGGGAAAAUGUGUCACCGUCCCCAAGACUGCUAAGACUGUGGCUACUCCAGCUCAGAAGUCAAGAGACCUAUCUAAGUCUAGACUUUUGCCAAGUAAGUCUUCUGGAAAAACUGAACCAAAGUAUUUGAAACACAGUCAUCUUUCUUCCAGGGGUGAGUCACCUAUAAAUUUAUCGUCCAAGUGUCCAAAGCUCCCUAAAGGAAAUAUGCAUGGAAGGCCUAGCCCUUCUCCUUUCCAAUCCCCUGCAAAAGUGACCAAACCCAGUUCUAAAACCAGAGCCAUGGGUCUAGGGACGCAGACUCAGCCCCCUGGUAGAACUCUGAAACCAAGGGCCAUCUCAGCACCGAGACUUCAGUCCACCUUGAACGUCCACCAUCCAGCUUCUGUGUGUUCAGCGUCCUCCACAAAAGCUGCUCAGGAGUCAAAAGGUGAGAAUAGUGUUUCAGUUGCCAGAAAGCAACCGCAGAGUAAGGGUACCUGCCAGAAGAUAGGAGCUGGCUCUCCAAAGUCUCCUGGCCGUACCCCACUGUCCAUUGUGAGUGUCCCCCAAUCUGCUGCCAAGGCAGAAACUGUCUCAAAGUCAGCACAGACUGCCGUGAAGGGCCAGUAUGCAGCUAAAGGGCCUCCCAAAAGUGGCAUGCCCCCAGCGUCCACCAGGAAACCACCCGCAUCUGGGAAGGGCACAGCCAGUGGAGAUAAAAAACCGACUGCCAAGAAAAAGGAAGACGAUGACCAUUAUUUUGUUAUGACUGGAAGUAAGAAGCUUAGAAAAUAAAUACACUUGUAUCAUUUUUAACAAAUCCAGGUGACCGAGCAGAAUGGGGAUCACCUCCACCAGGACCUCAAAAGGUCUUCCUAUGUGUGUUUGUCGGGAUAGCUACAGACAUGAGGUCAAGAUGGAGGAUGAAGUCAGGAGACAGGGCUGGGUCGAGGAGAAGACUCCCACGCGUUUUGUAUGUUAAUAGGCACACGCAUGAGUUUAGAUCUGUGCCGUCUGUUAAUGUCUGCUGCUUGAGGAAAAAUGCAAAACUUCAACAACACUACGCUAGAAUUGUAACUAUAUAGUUGGUGUGUCCUUGAAGAGGUAUUAACUAUGGAGAUUGUCUGCUAAUAGCAACUCUGAUGCUCUUAACACUAGUUACUGUGUUCAAUCAUAAAGCAACGGUGUGUUUGGCUUUGGGGUGUGCCCUCUAAUUCCAGCUCUGAAGGCUGAGGCAGGACACCUGCCAGGGGUACAUAUUAAAACCCAGCCACCGUUUGACACAUGCUGUAAAAGGCACCGAAGUUAACUUUCUGAUCAGGAAUCCUGGUCCAGCAAUCCUAAGUACC